UGUGAUUUUUUGACGCUCUGUGUUUGUAAAUCCAAUCUCAUCAGUGACAUCAGCAGGUUGAAGGUUUGGCCACACUCAGUUUUCCUCCUCCAGGAUAAAACUAUGAGGAGCACAGUGACCGUGGAGACGUUCACACUGCCCUCCUGCAGGAGCUGAUCCUCUGACUGAAGCUGAUCCUCCUCCUGCCUCAGAGAGAACACAGGGAAGGCAAACGGGAAGGGAGCGACACAGAGCAGGAUAAUAAGCGCAGCUUUCUUGCGUCAUGUUGGGCAAUAAAAAGAAAAACGGAGCCGGGACGUCCCAGUCAAAAGCCAUCGACCCCCUGAGGAACCUCGGAGUUCAGGAUGAUGAAGAUGUGAAGCGGAUGCUGCAGGGUUCCAGUAUGGUAAAGGUCCGUUCACCUCGCUGGCAGAAGCGACGAACUAUGAAGCUGAUGGAAGACGGUGUCACUGUGUGGUGUCAAUCCCACAAAACCUCCAGCCGGGCCAAGGAGCAACAAUCCUUCUCUAUCAUGGAAGUGGAGUGUGUUCGCGAGGGCUGCCAGUCAGAGAUGUUACGGCAAAUGGUUGGUUCAAUACCUGAGGGCCGGUGUUUGACAGUGGUCUUCAAAGGGCCCCGCAAGAGCUUGGAUCUUCUCUGCCAGAGCCAGGAGGAGGCCCAGCACUGGGCCCGCGGCAUCCGAACAUUGCAGGAGAGAGUGGAAAACAUGACCCAGAAGGAGAAACUUGACCACUGGAUUCAUGCUUACCUGAGUCGAGCUGACCAGAAUCAUGACGAUAAGAUGAGCUAUGACGAAAUCCAGACACUGCUACAGAUGAUCAACAUUGACUUGAGUGACCAGUAUGCCCGCAGCCUCUUUCAGAAAUGUGACCAGUCAGCCGACGGACGUCUGGACCACGGGGAGAUCGAGGUUUUCUGCAGGGAGUUGUUACGAAGACCAGAGCUGGAUGCUGUUUUUAUCCGUUACUCUGCAAAUGGCUGUGUACUUUCCACUGUGGACCUGAGGGAUUUCCUCCAAGAUCAGGGGGAGGACGCUUCACUCAUCCAUGCCCAAAGCCUCAUACUCACCUAUGAACUUAAUGAGUGGGCCCAGAAGAACCAGUUCAUGACCCCCAAUGGUUUCACCAUGUACAUGCUUUCUAAGGAGAACUGUGUGUUUAACCCGGAACAUGCUAGGGUUUACCAAGACAUGACAGGCCCACUGGCACACUACUUUAUCUCCUCUUCCCAUAACACCUACCUCACCAAGGACCAGCUGACUGGGGACAGCAGUACAGAGCCAUAUAUUCGGGCCCUGAAUCAUGGCUGCCGCUGUGUGGAGCUGGACUGUUGGGAUGGAGAUAAAGGAGAGCCAGUCAUCUACCACGGACACACCCUCACCUCCAAAGUGCCGUUUGUCGAAGUCAUUGAGACUAUCAAUGAAUAUGCUUUUAAAGCAUCUCCUUACCCCCUGAUCCUGUCCCUGGAGAACCAUUGCUCCGUGGAGCAGCAGACAAUAAUGGCUCGACACCUUCGAUCGAUCCUGGGAGACAAGCUGCUUACAAAGCCCCUCAGUGAUCUGGAUCCACACAAACUACCGUCUCCAGAGGACCUUAAAAAUAAAAUCCUGGUAAAGGGGAAGAAGGAUCAUGUGGUGGUGGAGGAGUGCUCCUCCAGCUCUUCAGACCUCAGCUCCUCAGACGAGGAGGCCAGCCGUGCUGGAGGUAAACCCAGGAGACAGAAAGAGGACAAGAAGCCAGGUGUGUCGAAGCUGAGUCCAGAGCUGUCAGAGCUGGUGGUGUACACCCGAAGUGUUCCCUUUAAAAGUUUUGAACAAGCAGCCAAAAGCCCUGCAACUGACAUGUCCUCUUUCUCUGAAAGUGAAGCGCUUAGGCACAUCAAGGACUCAGGGAUACAUUUUGUGCGUCACAACAGCCACCAGCUCAGCAGGAUCUACCCCUCAGGCCAGCGCCUCCAGUCCUCCAACUAUAACCCUCAGGAGAUGUGGAACGGAGGCUGUCAGAUUGUUGCUUUAAACUUCCAGACACCUGGUGAGCAGAUGGACUUGAAUCAUGGCAGGUUCCUGCAGAAUGGUCAAUGUGGGUACGUCCUGAAGCCUCCUUUCAUGUGCCAGCCUGGCACCACCUUCAACCCAGAGAACGUUGGUGGAGGUCCUGGUCAAAAUCCUGUCCUGCUCACUGUUCGGGUAAUUUCAGCUCAGCAGCUGCCUAAACCAGAAUGGGACAAACCCACCUCCAUCGUGGACCCUCAGGUGUGGGUAGAGAUACAUGGAGUUCCCAUAGACAACAAUAAGAAGAAAACCAAUCAUGUCGACAACAACGGCUUUAACCCGCGGUGGGACUGUACAUUUAACUUUACCAUCCAUGCCCCUGGCCUGGCUCUGGUCCGCUUCAUGGUGGAAGACCACGACUAUACCUCAAGCAAUGACUUCCUAGGACAAUUCACCCUGCCUUUCACAAGUCUCCGUACAGGUUACCGUCAUGUCCGACUGCUUAAGGUGGAUGGGUCCAGUCUUUCGCCCUCCUCACUCUUCAUCCAUGUUAAGAUCACCCCAUGUCAGAACAGUCCAUCAAAAUCAUCUGCUAAAUCACCGGCCAUGUCACCGGCUAAGUCUUCAGCUAAGAAACCCUAGUCUCAUCUUUACCCCUCUAACAUGAACAUGAAGCCACCAUGGGAAGCACCCAGGACACAUCUGCCUGGAUCCAGGCAAUAUAAGACCUGGAAUCCAAUUCAUAAAACUUAAUGGUUAUAAUCUUUGCAAAAGGGUUGCAGCUAUAUCCUCAAUCAGUCUGAAAAAGAGGAUAGUGCUGCUACAAAAAUGCAAACAGUAAAACUGACCAGUAUUUCAAAUUCAUGAAGAAAGUAAACACUUACAUUAACCAUGGCGGUGAGUUUUGUAUGUAAACAAAAAAAGACAUACAAUCAGCGAGGUAAAUAUCAUCAGCAUAGAACCAAAAGUCAAUGUUUGCUGUGGUUAGUAGGUUUACCUGCACUCCCAGCCACAUUCCCCUCAAAGAACAUUCCACCAGUCACUGUGACUGGCGGAUACUUGAAGCCAGAACUGUCUCUUUAAAACCUUGUUGAAUAGAGGGUUAAUUCUCAGAGCAGGAAUCAACAACUUAAUGACAACCCAUCAAACCAUCCUGCAGAAAUCUACAUAUAUUAAUCUACGAGGCCAUGACCAAAGUUUGGUGCUAAAUUUAGUCUCAUUUUGAAUUUUGGAGACUCAUAGCUAAACUGUCAAACUCAUUAUGUCUCACAUGUUCUCUGAAUGGACUUUUUUAAUUACAAGUCAUUUAUUUUAUAGAAAGCCCUGCUGCUUUGUGAUUCAAACAUUACUUGGGUAAAGUAGAAGUCAGCAUCCCUGUCCCCCUUUCUAAAUGGUACGUAAAGGAGAUGUCAUCAUCUAUCAACAUUCCUCUGUUGUAAUAUCGACUUCUACAGAACCAUUGGUUGCUGUAAUCAUUCCCUGGUGUCUGAGCUGGCCAUAAAGUGAUUUCUUCUUAAUAAUAUAAUAGGAAGGUGAUAAUAAUGUGACCUUCUAUGAUGGUAGACAAAAGUUCUUAACUUCAGCUAAAGCUAAUAUGUAGCUUUAGGAGCAGUGGUUUACAUCAAACUAAGUUUAAAACCACGUCCAAAGACUUUUGUAACUUUUCUGAACCCAACAAUCCACCAUGCCCACUUCACACAGUAAUUAGCCAAGUGUGUGGAAGUAAGUAAGAAGUAAGAAAAAUAUGACCUUCUGUUUCUAAGCUUUCUUUUUUCAUCUUUUUUUCAUUCUUUUAACAGCUAUGUUUGAAUACUUGUUGUAUCAACAAGUGUUUCUAUGAGGGGAGGCUCAUCACUCAUUUUCGUGUGUACAUUCAGAACAGUUACAAAUACGUUUUCCUGAACUGUGGUCAGACGACACUUUGUACAAACUUUGUUUGUUUUUAUGCAUACCCCUGUUAAGACAUACAGUUGUUAGGGUUGUUAGGGAUUAGGGUUGUUGUUUUUUUAGGUGCCAAUGAGACCAUGAUACAAAAUUAAUAAAAGCCACUUUGAGUAAUGUAACAUGAGUGUGAAACCUGAUUGGGUGCUCAACAAUGCACAAAUGGUUGUAAUUCUGUUAUCAUGGUGACAUUUCCUCCUCUGUCUUGAAGAUUGUGAUGUAAACAGAAAAAUUACACUCCUCACAUUAUAAAGUUAACUAGUAAGACUUGCACUUUUCUGAUGCAGACCUAAUGUUGAUCUGAACAUGACCUGAGACAAAUCGAGUGAGCAUCUUUGCAGUCAUAAUUAAGUUUGUUGCCUGUACUCUGCCCUUUAAACAAAUCCACAUAUGACUACCCUCUGUUUAUCCUUCUGCCCCGGCACAAACGUCCAGGGAACAGAGAGAGAGCUUUCUUACUGUGGGGUAACAUUAAUUAGAAUCUGUUCACUGCCAGUAUGAACAGAAGGAAUAAUUGCAGCAACCAGUAAUUAUUAACAUACAUAUGGCAAGCAAGUAUUGCAUUAAGAUAUGUUAUCAAAUGUUCACUUUUAAGCUUUUUCUAAAGCUUUCUGCAGCCUCAUACUCAGUAUGUUUACAUGCACCUGAAUAACUGGGUUACCCAGAGAGCCAAGUUACACAGGUAAUCAGAGAACACGUUUUACUGUAAAUCUGUGUGUACAUGCAGCAGGUCAGAGUUCUACCAUAACCCUAACAUUAUUUCAAAGCCAUGGCCUACUUUUACUUUUAUAGAAUAGUCCAUUGUUCAGCUCUAAUUGAUUUCAGUGGACUUGGAAUCCGAAUACAAGGACGCAUCACUAUGUGUAAUGACCUGGUUACCUGUCCUUUGAAGCAGCCUCUCUGCUGUUACUUUGCUGUCUGUAAAAAGCUGGUUACAUGACAGGUACACAUGAUGGAGAAAUCAUUGUUCUCCAGAAGACGUUUUUCUGUCCUACAAUUACAAUAAGCAGGUUUUUCUCCAUGCAUGAAAACCCCCAAAUUAUCCUUAAACUGUAUCCGGGAUGAUCAGAUCCUCAAUGUAAAUUUGAUACUGGUUUGAAAUGGGGCAACUUCUCCUAUACUAUGUAGCAAUAUUAAAAAUAUAUGGAUUUUUCCAGUAUGUUACUAUAGAUCUCCAGAAGGGGAAAAGUUUUUUCUGCCUGCCUGACAUGCUGUACAGAUGAAGAGUAUCAUCCCUGUACUUUGGCAAUGUAGCCUGUAGUAGUAACCUAUUUUGAAGGGAAAAGCUUGAUUCAGUGACUCUAUUUUAAUUUUAUGUAAUUGUUUAUUUAUAUAAUUCUCAUUUCUUUUGACUGAGACCAAACUAUAUCAUUACGUAGACACUAGAGUUUGUAUAUUAGAACUCGCUCAGUUAUACAAUAGUAAAAUGAUGAUGUGCACUAGAUGAAUCUUUUGCCUUAUUGUUAGUUUAUUAGAUGACAUAUACAUGAUAUGCUUCAUAGAUACAAUGUUUUCUUUAUCUUUGUUUACUUGGAUGUCUUGAACCGUGCAAGCAGGCUGAUAAAUCUGUGAUAUGAAGGCUUUAUUAUAGUCAGUGUUUGAACAUUUCUGUGUUAGACAUCACACUGUUGGUCAUCAUGUUAAAGAGAAGCUUUUAUACAGUGUUGUUUUUAUUGAGAAGAGUCAGUUUUGGAACGUUCAUAUUUAUGUUGAUUUACAAAUGAAAAGAAGAACUAUGAAUAUUUCAUAUGAAGAUAAUCUCACAGGGACGUUUGUGACUUGGGGCUGGGCUCUGCCGAGAUGAAGGGGUCGCCUUUGAGAUCAGUAUUAGUCACUGAGCAUCUUUGAAAUCAUCAAACAACUUCGGAGUAUUAGGACUCUUGGAUCAUUAUCUGCGUUUUCAGUUUGACAAAACAUAUGAUCUUGUAGAGUUCUUGUAGAUCUGGUGUAAUAAAGGUUGUAGUUUUGGAGCCAGUGCCAAUAACUUAACAGUCUCAAACAGAUCCCAGCCCUGUUUCUGAAUGAAGAAGCCGUGUUAGUUUAGUUUUUUUGUUUGUUUGUUUUUUACUGUAGUAAUGAUAACAGAAACUGUAACUGUACAAUUCAAAGCAUUAACAUUUUUGUUGUUUAUUUUUUGUAUCUGAAGUAUUAUAUUAGCUUUGUGCUGCACCAGCUGUAUAGUAAUUGACCUGAUGUUAUUUAUUGAAACAGGUACACACAAUGGUAGAAUAGAAAUGCAAUAAAACAUUCUGAAAACGCUU